AUGAGAAUCAAAUUUUCAUUCUGUUACUGUGGCACACAUGAAAAAGUCAGUUCAAAACCAUGCAUUGUCAAAGAUAUGAAACAAACUAGCUUACUAAGAAAGAAGAAAAGCCAUAACAAGAAAAGAGAGUUCAAAUUAGUCACAUUAGAGGAGUGGCUUCUUAAUUCACCAAUUAUGAAAAGGGAUAGUAACUUCAAUGCUCAAAAUUUGGUUAGAAAAAAUGCUUAUUUUUCUGAUUCUGGACUAUAUAGUUUAUCUUUGGAGCAACUCUUGGUUUUGGAUGGUGUUAAUGAUGACUUUACAAUUUUGUCCUCUGAGUAUCAUAGUUUCUCUUCAAAGAGACUUUUGGAAAGUGAAAAGGUUGAUGGAGAAGAAAUGAGGUUAUUAAAGUCAUUUAAUAGAAGGCACCAAAGUAGCAAGGUAAAGAAAAGUGUUAGCUUUAGAUUACCCGAAGUUUCUGAUGUUAUCAUUUUGUAUCCAUCAUAG